GAAGAAUGGACCAAGAGAAGGCUACAGUGCUUGCGUCGACUCCGGCGUCAAAAGCAAAAGGUGGCAAAGCUGUCCAGGGUCACGAAUCACGUCGAGCAUCGCGUAAGAAGUUGAGCAGCCAUGAAAUCCAUCACCAAAGGGGUCACCACAGAAAGAGACGGACCCCUGACAAGGGCAGUCCGGAAGGGCCACAAAACGAGGGCAAAUCAAAGUCGCACGAUGUCAUGCCUCAAGACAGCAACCGGCGUGGGAAGGACAAGACGACGAAAAGCCCUGUUGCUGCCAGUGGGUCAAGAAUCAGACAGUCGAAGACUGCCGGCCUUACAGCUAAAGCGGCCGACAGAUUGAAAACAUCGAAGUUAAAGAAUUCGACCGAUUCUUCUAAACCACCCGACGCCGUAACCUCAGAUGAUCCACAAUCCGUUAGAAAGUCCCUGCCAAAUGUAGAGGAUCCGCAGCAACCUCAGCAAGGAAAAGACAUCGCACCACCCAGGAGGGCAUAUGUCAGUAUUCCAGCAUACCUUCGGAAUCCUUGGUCAUCCAUUGCGGCAUCAUUCAAGCCCAAAGACGAGCAGGACUUCCGUUUAUCGUAUUCUAAACUCGGUGCCUCUAUCGUCAUUGCCCUGGCAACACUCCUAGCAUCCGCUCUGGUUGCGUCAGCCAUGACAUGGCUGCUCCCUACUACCACGAAGGCGCACAAUCUCCUCACGCCACAAAUGCAGAGCGCUUGCACUUCGGAUGACUGCCGUGCUGCCAUUUCGCUCCUGAACCUCUCUGUGGACAGCAAUGCCAGCGUCUGUGAUGACGUCUAUUCCUUCGUCUGCGGUCGUUGGAAAAGCACGAGCAACGCCGGCCUGGCUCAGUCCUACUACCAAACCCAGCUCGACUAUUACGGCCCUUUGGUUCAUAACGCGUUGUCAGCUCACAAGCAUGCCAAUAUCAGCAUCAGGUCAGAUGUGCAUCAGCUCAUUGAGCUUUAUUUCUCCUGCCUGGGGUUCUUCAGCAAUAGAUCGACGAACUUGCAGCAGCUGUGGAAGGCCGCUGGCUUGAAUGGCGAAGAAUGGCUCCACGUGACCGAUUUUCCAAAGCUUAUCAAUCUUAUCGUAAGAUCCGCAUACAAAAACAGGAUGCCGUCGAUGCUGCACGUAGAGUUGGAUACAUACGGAAUCAAGGAUGCCAUCGUGCGGACAGGCCGCUCUCUGAGGACAGACGCCCCCGUUCCUGGCAUAGUAGACAGGAUUCUCGAAAGAGUUCCAGAUGGUCUCAUAGCGAGCUCUACGAAGGCAGAACUAUCAGGGGAGUUCGUGCGAGUGGAAGAGAAAAUCAGUAACGUCACGGAGACAUGGAGAGACUACGAUUCCGCUCUGACUGUAGCUGCGACGGAGCUGGACGUGCCUGAAUUGGGGGUCACUUGGGCGCCCCUCCUUAACCACACUGGCCUCGUGAGGAGAAUCAAGUGCAACAGCGUCGACGGCGUCAAAAGUGUCCUCGCCACCCUCGCCUCCACGCGCCUCAGUGUGGCGGCGCUUUACGCGCUGCUCGUGCCUUUCUCAGCCCUUAUCGGCCUGGACAUUCGAGCAGCGGAACACAGGGGCCGUGAGGACGUCGCCACAAGGAGAAAGAUCUGCCUGGGAAACGUGGAGUUCCUCUUGCCGAGGACAAUCCAACGGGCGCUGCACGGAGUCGUCGACGUUAAGGCGGUGCUAUUAGAAGCGUUUCUCAUGUGCAAGCGCAUUCUCGUGGUCAGUGAACAUGCCUUGACGAUCGCCAGAAACGUGAAGCUGAACAUGACACUGCUCAGAAAAGCCUGUGCCCGAGGCGUUUAUGGCAUGGAGGAGCAAAUAGGUGCGGGCGAGGAUGAGCUCAAGACUGAAAACGUUUGGCACGGUGGUGAUUUCGCGGCGAACCUGGUGCUGUACACUGGCGCCACGGGCCGUGCAGUGAACGUGAGCGAAAUGCUCAUCCAGGACCUUCGUCGCAGGCGGUUCGUGCCCUCGGCUUUCAUGUUUCCCGACUUCUACUACGCACACGCCACCGAGCCGAGCAUAAAUUACGGCACGCUGGGCGUCUUCAUCGCCGAGAUGGCCGUCGAAUUCGGCAUGCCGAAACAGCGUGCCCCGGGAUAUAAGGAGUGCUUCGCCAAAUAUGCCAAGGAGCAGCUUGACCUCGCCGUGGAGCUUCCCGACGUAGACAGUCUCCUGCGCACCAGCUGGGCCAUGAAUGCCGCAGGGGCAGCGAGUACCAUCGAUGAGCUGGACCUCUUCGGGACUGCUUCCAAACAACGCGCGCAACUUUUUUACCUGCGCUUCGCCCACACCUACUGCGGCGAGCGGGACAAGUCGCGGCUGCUGGCGCUGCGUUACGCGGCCAAGACGUCGCCCCGCUUCGCCGAGGCCUUCAACUGUUCGAAACCCAAGACCGUGGGCUGCUGAGGCCAACGUGCUUGAAGCGUUAAGCCCGCACAAGUGGCAUUCAACCGAUGGAUGCCCGCGCGUCCUGGGGUGGCGUUAUGAGUUCCACAUCGCGAUCUCACAACGUCGAACUUCUAUUGGGGCCCAAUUUCCCAAAACCGUCCGCUGAUAUGGAAAUUUGAAGUAUCUAGCAGCAUUACAAAAGCUCCAUUAUGUCUCAUUCAUGACUAAGCUAGCAAUAACUGGCAAAUCUGCGAAGAUUAUACGUGACGUGAAAUUUAGGUCGACGAGCAUUUUUUAUUUGUAUCCUGGCAAUGUCCUUGCUAAAUUCUUAGUAUAUUAUUGCCUUCUUCCUUAACAUUUUUGUUUUCACAUGUUUCGUGCGUUUUCUAUACAUAGCGUUAAAUGUGUUUUCUAAUCUUAUCUUGUUCCUCGCCGCAGGCCGUAGUGUGUGCGCACUAAAUUUAAGUGGAACCAAGCAAGAUGAAUCUUUACGAGGGGGACGGAGCUUCACAAUUAUUUGUGGCAAAAGUUUCGAUGUUGACGGGCAACCUAACGUUUAAGAAUAACUGCGGCCUCACACCCCCUCUUUUUAGCUGCAUAAAUUUUUUUAAAGAUUGCGUAUGGCAGAUAGCAAAAUUCUAACCCUUGAUCUAAAUUACUCGACGGGGUUGCCAUUACUUUUACGAGAAAUCAAGAUAGUCAAAUAAAAGUUAACGUACUUAAGUACUUUUUAAUUAUUUGCGCCACAUAUCUCAAUCUACGAAUCACAGCCGCUGAGUUCGUAUGGUGAAUCCACUUGAAACGAAUUCUUUGGACAGCAUCAGUUCUAAGACAUUAAUUUUCAGAGUGUCCCACGGAAUUCUUUCAUAGGUAGGAAGUUGAACUUUGCUAUUGAAGGGAGAGUGGUAUGAACUAUUUGCAGGAAAAAGCGGCGCAAAUGUGUUCCUUAAAACAUUGGAGCACUGAUUGGAAGGAACAGGAACAUUGCAGAGAGUUAGUUAAAUGUGCCUGCUUUUAGUUCCGGUAACAACGCUUCAAAAUUCGAUUCAAUCGAAUUCGAUUCGCUUCAAUCGAUUUCAGCUCGGCCAUAUUCAAACCAGUGAAGUGCACGAUUUGGGAAAAUUGCGCGCUGAAACAGCGGCUUCUUCUUGUUACGCAGGUGCUCGAAAGAUUUUUUUAACCAAGAAAAGCGAGGGCUUGAACGAAUAUUUUUUGUACAUAACGAUCUACUAAAUACAUUAUCUUGUGCUUGUAUGUAGUAUUACAGUUAUAAUCAACAGUUCCUUUAAUAAGGUUAGCAAAGUAUUUCUUCGAUGCUUCCAUGUAAAUGUACAAUCAAUGGGAAGCAAAGUAAAUGAGCUCGAGUGUGUGUUUAACCAAAUGAAAGGUUGUUUUGAUGUAGUUAUGCUAACAGAAACCUGGCAAUCGGAUAUUUCGGAAGAAUUUGAACUGCCUAAUAUGAAAGCGUUCUCUCUGUUUAGGCAAAGUCGUCGAGGGGGUGGUGUCACUGUGUUACUUGAUAAUUCUUUACCAGCUGUAUUGCUCGAAAAUUUUACUUUAGUUACUGCUCAUUACGAGAUAUUGUGUGUUCACUUUCAAGAUGUCGUAGCUGCUGUAUG